AUGAAAAUAAACUGAAAUCAAAUGUGUGUGGACUACCUACUUUAUUUGCCGCACUGGGGCCUGAUUCUCUGGUUUCUUCAUCAACCAGUCUUCUCCUCAAACGCAAGAAACUCCGACAAAAUAAAUAAUGAUGAUUUUGAUGAAAAAGGUGUUAAAAAAAAACAAAACAUAACCAGCAUUCCUCUCUCUGCACUGCCACGCGCAACUCAUAGUAUAUUCAUAGAUAUUAUCGUUUGGAAUUGAUUUGAACAAAGUGCUGAAUUUUUGAGCACUCUUUUACAGAUAUCAAAUUAAAGCAGUAGUUUUUAUUGUGUAUUUCCUUGUUAAAAUGGCGGUUUGUCGCGGAACGGUAUUUCGUAUAGCGCUGGUAGUUGCCGUCGUAGCUGCCGUGACAAUCGCCUGCUUUGCUCUUCCAGUGGACAAGAUGUUGAAGGACUUCCUUGUUUGGAUUGACAAGAAUGUGGGUCCUUGGGGCCCUCCUGUACUGGCUGUGGCCUAUAUUCCAUUGACAGUCCUGGCAGUUCCGGCAUCCAUCCUCACACUUGGAGGUGGGUACCUAUAUGGGCUUCCGAUCGGUUUUGUUGCAGACUCAAUUGGAUCUACACUUGGGUGUACUGCUGCAUUCCUUGUUGGUAAAACGAUUGGAAGGUCUUAUGUAGAGUCCAAAUUGAAGGACUAUCCACAAUUCCAAGCUGUUGCUAUUGCAACUCAAAGAUCAGGGUUUAAGAUUGUUUUGCUUCUUCGGCUUGUCCCAUUACUUCCAUUCAACAUCCUAAAUUAUCUUCUCUCUGUGACACCUGUUGGUUUAGGGCAAUACAUGCUAGCUUCUUGGAUUGGUAUGAUGCCAAUCACCUUUGUGCUGGUGUAUGUUGGAACUACCAUCAAGGAUCUUUCUGAUGUCACUCAUGGUUGGCGUGAAGUUUCAACAGCGCGUUGGAUAUUGCUGAUUGCAAGCUUAGUGGCAUCAGUGGUUCUUAUAAUUCUGGUAACUAAAAUAGCAAAGAGAUCGCUAGCCAAGGCACUAGAAGAGGAUGAUGAUAAGCUGGAUGGCAUCGUUCCAAUAAGUUGUGCUAAUGGAAGUGAAGAGGGCACUGAUAUUCAGCAACCUCUUUUAGUCAAGGAUGAGCCCAUAGUUGAUGUUGCUGGCAACAAGUGAUUUGAUUGUACAAAAGGCUCCAGAGAGUAAAUAGUCUUGAAAAAAGAAAUAAUUUGAUUUUACAAAAAGGGUCCUACAAGAAGUAUAUAUAUGCUGUAAUUUCGCUAGAAGUCAGUGAUGCAUUAAAGGGAAACUUUGUAAUUAAAAUUUAAGAUGUAUUGCUAAGCCACUGGGCUUCCAGUGUGAUUAUUCCUUUAUAAUUGAAUGAUUAUUGCUUAUGCUAUA